UAGCGGCGUUGUGGCGACGUUGUGUGAAGCCCCCAGCGCGUGUUCCUUGUGCGAUGAGCUUCCUGAAGCACUUCGAUCCGUCGAAGAUUCCUCGAACGAGGGUGGAGCUCCAUCUUCAUUUAGACGGCUCCGUACGACUGGAGACAAUAUGGGAACUUGCGCACAAGAAGAAGAUUGACCUUGGAUGCUCUUCAAUAGCUGCCCUGCGAUGGCGGCUGCAGAAAGUGGAGUCAUCGUCACUGAAAGACUUCCUCGACCGCUUUGCCAUAUUUAUGCCUACUAUAGUGGGCGACUUGGUAGCAAUCGAGCGCAUUGCGUACGAGCUGUGCGAGGAUCAGGCCAGAGAAGGCGUCGCCUACUUUGAGGCACGCUACUCGCCGCACCUGCUGGCCUCGAAGGACAACUGUGUGACGCCGGCGCUGGUCAUCCAAGUGGUCAGCCGUGGCCUUGAAAGGGGAGAGCACGACUUCGGCGUCAAGGCUCGAUCAAUACUAGUCUCUAUCAAUGGAAACGACGAAUGGACCAUUGAUUGUUUGAGACUGUGUGAGGAGCACGAUGGCAUUGGCGUUGUUGGAAUUGAUAUUGCAAAGGACGAAGUGCAGACACCUGGCUACACGGCUGUAGAGGCCCAAGUCUUCCAGAGAGCGAAGCAGGUGGGCAUACAAAGGACAGCACAUGCAGGUGAAGGCGGCACCUACUCAACCGUGCGAGAUGCCAUCGUCAAGCUGAACUGUGACCGUGUAGGACACGGAUACCGUGUUUUCCAAGACCCGACCGGCGAGACGUACCAGUUGGCUCGCAAGAAGAACAUUCAUUUUGAAGUGUGCCCUUACUCCAGUGUUUUUUCCGGAGGCUGCCCACUGAGCACCGAGAGGCACUCCAUAGUCCGCUUUGCCGAGGAUAAUGUAAACUUCUCCAUCAGCAAGGAUGACACUACUAUCACGGGAAGUACACUGGAUCUUGAGUAUGCAUUGCUUAAACAACUCGGCCUGACUGAAGCCCACCUUAUUAGAGCAAACAUAAAUGCUGCCCGAUCGUGUUUCCUGCCACACUUGGAAAAGGAAGAUUUGCUUCAGCAUCUCUUCAAGGAAUAUGGAGUCUCACCUGAAAAAGUUGCGUAAAUAAAUUAGUUUUGUUCAAGUUGUUUGCCAUUAAUGCAUAUGAUCACAAUGUCAAGGGCUUCAAAGUGUCCACAGUAUAGUAGCUGUGGCUUGCAAAGUGUUGGACGCAGAUUAUAUGAUCAAAAUUUCUAAUAAGGUCAGCAGAAUGAACAUGGCUGCACUACUAGUCGCAAUGAACUGUAACACAAAGUUCAGUUUGCAAAACAACUUUCUUGUGGAGGUUUUACUGUAAAAAGAAGCAUAUAGCUCGCAUCUCAAAAAUGAAAUGAUGGAACAUGUAUGGAAGAAGGAGCAGAUAUUGUUUCUGAGCUCUUCUUUCAGGAGAUGUGUUGUGUGGUUAAAGACCUUUCAGUGC